AUGCCUCACCAGAGCUCCGGUGCCGCCGCCGACGAGCACCCCGCGGCCGUCGUCGAUCCCACCACCUCGUCCGCACCAGCACCACCACCGUUUGACGCUGCUGCCGCCGCCGCCGCCGCCGCCGCCAACAAGACGCGGCGCUCCCACCGCAAGUCCCGCAACGGAUGCACCGAGUGCAAGCGGCGGCACAUUCGCUGCGACGAGCACCGUCCGGUGUGCUCCAACUGCGUCAGCGCCGACCGCCGCGCCUGCGUCUUUCCGCGCGGCCCCAGCAGCAGCAGCAAGCCGCCUGAUCCGACCAACAGCGGCGCCGGGACAUCUUCACCCAGCACCAGUCCCGCCAACAACAACAACAACAUCACGCCCCCCUCCCCGCGCCGCGAUUUUCCCUUUGACCAAGUCUGCGGGCCCCUGCCUCACCCGGGCGGCGGCGGCGGCACCUUUCGCCGGAGCAACUACACCUAUUAUCCCAAAAACGGGAAUGCCACCGCUGCCGUGCCGCCGCCCACACCACCAGGCCACCACACGGCCGGACUCGACGCCGACGCCUCCGUCUUCUCCCCGUUUCACCUGCAAAUCAUGCACCACCUACAGACCGUCAUGAUGCCGGACCCCACCAUCAACACGAGCAACCACUUCCAGCAGUUUGUCGACAUUGCCAUGCGCCACGCCCUCGACGCCCCGUACCUGAUCAACGAGCUGCUGGCCCUCGGCGCCGUCCACAUGGCGACGCAAAAGGAGAAUCAGCUGCUACAGCAGCAGCAGCAGCAGCAGCAGCAGAACCAACAAACUCUCGACAGCAACGGCAGCAGCGCCAGCCACGCCCCCGCCGUCCUACCUCCCCUCCUCCCACCCCACGGCUCGCCAGCGUCGACAUCCUCUCCCUCAUCCGCCUCGUCGUCCGCCUCGUCGUCGACGCUCCUCCCGUCCCUCAGCACGGCCACGGCGGCGGCCGCGCACCCGGUCGUCGCCAACCUCCGGCACCAGGCCACGGAGCUGCAGACGCGUGCCGUGGCCAACUUUACGCGUCUGACGGCGCACCUGCCGCCCGACGACACGGCGUCGUGCAUCCCGCGGUUCCUCUUCUCGUCGACGCUGUCCAUGCACGCGCUCGCCGACUCGCUCGCCGAGCUGCGCGCCGCCAACGCCGACUUUGACGGCUUCAUCGACCGCUUCGUCGACUGCUUCAACCUCUACCGCGGCAUCCGCGCCGUCAUCUACCCCACCUGGCGCUUCCUCUCCGACUCGGAGCUCCGCCCCCUGCUGCAGGUCACGCGCGAGGCCAACCUCGGCAUCGUCGCCCGCGGCCGCGAGUGCGAGCCCCUCCGCGCCCUGCUCGACCGCUCCGACGACCUCGCUCCCGCCAGCGUCGACGCAUGCCGCGAGGCCGUCGAGAAGCUCCAGUGGGCCUUUGACCUCCACAACAACCUCCCCCGCGACAGCGGCCAGCACGCCGUCUCCGCCUUCUCCGUCAUCCUCGGCGCCGACUACGUCGACGUCCUCCGCAAGCACCGCCCCGAGGCCCUCAUCAUCCUCUCCUACUUUGCCGUCCUCCUCCACCGCUGCAGACACUUUUGGAUCUUUCAAAACUCAGGCGCCUGCAUGAUCAAGGCCAUUGCCAACCACAUUGGCUCCUACUGGCGCGACGCCAUGGUCUGGCCCCUCCAAGUCAUUGAAACCGAAGACUGCUAG